UUUUUAUUUUUUCUCUUACCAUCAUAUUUCUACUCUUGAGGCUUCCUUCACAGGUUUUCUGUGGGUUGAUACAAAGAACUGUUUCACCUGUGCCUGGUAUGGACUUGUUAUCUGGGACGUAUAUAUCUGCAGUCUUGUUAGCAUGUGUAGUGUUUCAAUCUGGCGCCCAGGAGAAGAACUACACCAUCCGAGAAGAAGUGCCAGAAAAUGUCCUGAUAGGCGAUUUGCUGAAAGAUCUCAACCUAUCGCUGAUUCCAGACAAGUCCUUAACGUCACCCAUGCAGUUCAAGUUAGUGUAUAAGACUGGAGAUGUGCCACUAAUUAGGAUCCAAGAGGGUACCGGUGAGAUCUUCACUACAGGAGCUCGCAUAGAUCGUGAGAAAUUAUGUGCUGGUAUUUUGGUGGAAGCUCAUUGUUUUUAUGAAGUGGAGGUUGCCGUUUUGCCAGAUGAAAUAUUUAGGCUGUUUAAGAUACGUUUUAUGAUCGAAGACAUAAAUGACAAUGCACCCUUAUUCCCAGCCACGGUUAUGAACAUAUCAAUUCCAGAAAACUCAGCUAUAAACUCUCGAUAUGCUUUGCCAGGUGCCAUUGAUCCUGACAUAGGAAUAAAUGGAGUUCAAAAUUACCAACUAAUUAAGGGCCAAAGUAUAUUUGGGCUUGAUGUUGUUGAAACAACAGAAGGAUUCAAGAUGCCACAACUGAUUGUUCAAAAUGAGUUAGAUAGGGAAGAGAAGGAUACAUAUGUCAUAAAAGUUAAGGUUGAAGAUGGUGGCUUUCCUCAAAAAUCCAGUACUGCUAUUUUGCAAAUAAGUGUUGCGGAUACAAAUGACAAUCACCCAGUCUUCAUGGAAAAUGAAAUUACAGUUAGUAUACCAGAAAAUACUCCUGUAGGUACUUCAGUGACACAACUCCACGCCACAGAUGCUGACAUAGGUGAAAAUGCCAAGAUACAUUUCUAUUUCAGUAAUCUAGUUUCCAACAUAGCCAAAAAAUUAUUUCAUCUCAAUACCACCACUGGACUUAUCACAGUCAAAGAACCACUAGAUAGAGAGGAAUCGCCAAACCACAAGUUACUUGUUUUGGCAAGUGAUGGUGGAUUGGAACCAGCAAGAGCAAUGGUGAUAAUAAAUGUUACAGAUAUCAAUGAUAAUGCACCAUCAAUUGAUGUAAGAUACAUCAUCAAUCCAAUCAAUGGCACUGUGACUCUUUCUGAAAAUGCUCCACUAAACACAAAAAUUGCUCUGAUAACUGUGACAGAUAAAGAUGCUGACCACAAUGGUGAGGUAACAUGCUUCACUGAUCAUGAAGUACCUUUCAGACUAAGGCCAGUUUUCAGCAAUCAAUUUCUGUUGGAGACUGCUGCGUAUCUUGAUUAUGAAUACACAAGAGAAUAUGCCAUUAAGUUACUGGCUUCAGAUGCUGGCAAACCUUCUUUAAAUCAAUCAUCCAUGUUCUUUGUUAAAGUGAAAGAUGAAAAUGACAAUGCUCCUGUUUUUACCCAGUCUUUUAUAAGUCUUUCUAUCCCCGAGAAUAAUUCUCCUGGCAUUCAGUUGACAAAAAUAAGUGCAACAGACACAGACAGUGGAAGUAAUGCUGAAAUUGAUUACCUACUAGGUGUUGAUGCUCCAUCUGAAUUUAACUUGGAUCAUCAUACAGGUAUUCUAACUGCAGUGAAGAAACUGGAUAGAGAAAAACAGGAAAAAUAUUCAUUCACAGUUCUUGCAAGAGAUAAUGGGACACCUCCCAUAAUGACCAAUGCCACUCUAGUAGUGACUGUUCUUGAUCAGAAUGACAACAGUCCAGUUUUCACUCAUAAUGAGUAUAACUUCUAUAUCCCAGAAAACCUUCCAAGACAUGGUACAGUAGGACUAAUCACUGUAACGGACCCAGAUUAUGGAGAAAAUUCUGCAGUCAUUCUCUCCAUUUUAGAUGUGAAUAAAGAAUUCACCAUUGACCCACAAACUGGUGUCAUCAGGCCAAAUACUUCAUUUGAUAGAGAAAAACAAGAAUCUUAUACUUUCUAUGUAAAGGCUGAGGAUGGUGGUAUUGUACCAUGUUCUUCAACUUCCAAAGUUACCAUAAAUGUUGUCGAUGUUAAUGACAACAAGCCAAUUUUUGUUGUACCUUCUUCCAACUAUUCUUAUGAAUUAGUUCUACCAUCCACUAUUCCAGGCACAGUGAUUUUUACUGUAGUUGCUAUUGACAAUGAUACUGGCAUGAAUGCAGAACUUCAAUAUAGCAUUGUAGGAGGAAACACUAAAGAUUUGUUUAUAAUUGACAAAAAAACAGGGAAUAUUACACUGAAGGAAAGAUGUGUUGUUGCAGAUCGUGGCUUACACAGACUGGCAGUCAAAGCUAAGGAUUUAGGACAACCUGAUUCUCUGUUCAGUGUUGUAAUUGUUAAUGUAUUCAUUAAUGAGUCAGUAUCUAAUGCUACAUUGAUUCAUGAACUGGUACACAAAAACAUUCAGACACCAGUGAUCCAAAAUAUUGAGAUAGCUGAUGCAUCCUUACCAAACAGUGACUAUGUAAAGAUCAUAUUUGCCAUUGUUGUAGGCACUAUAACUGUGGUUUUUGUUAUCUUUAUCACAGCUGUAGUACGAUGCUGCCAAUCACCACAUAUUAAGGCUGCUCAGAAAAAGAAGCAGAAUUCUGAAUGGGUUAGUCCAAACCCACAAAACAAGCAGAUAAUAAUGAUGAAGAAAAAGAAAAACAGUGCCCCUAAGAACUUGCUGCUCAACUUUGUUAGUAUUAAAGAAAUUAAGACAGAACAUACUGCCAACAAUAGAAACAGUGUCACACUGGACCUUCCUAUUGAAUUAGAAGAGCAAACCAUGGGCAAGUACAACUGGGGUACUAAACCUAUGACUUUCAAGCAUGAGAGCCCUGAUUUGGCUCAGCACUACAAAUCCGCAUCUCCACAGCCUGCUUUCCAGAUCCAGCCUGAAACUCCUCUGAAUUCAAAGCAUCAUAUCAUACAAGAACUACCACUGGAUAAUACCUUUGUGGCAUGUGAUUCCAUCUCCAAGUGUUCAUCUGGCUGUUCUGAUCCUUAUAGUAUUUCUGAAUGCAGCUAUCCAGUGACAACCUUCAAGACCCCCGUAUCUGUACACACCAGAAUGUCCCAGAGGCAUGUCACAUUUCACUUACCAGAAGGAUCUCAGGAAAACAAUGGUAAUGGAAGACUUGGAGACCAUGAUGAAGGCAGUCUUUCCAGCAUAUCGCAUGUCUUGCAACAGAGUUGUCCUCUGGAAGAAUACUUCAACCAUGCUCCACCAAACAACCGCACUGAAGGGGAUGGCAACUCUGAUCCUGAAUCUACUGCAGAAAUAACAGUUCAUCUAACUGUAGAAGAGGCUUCUGACAACUGCACUCAAGAAUGUCUUGUUCUAGGUCAUUCUGAUGCCUGCUGGAUGCCAUCUUCUCUGACCCAUUCCAGCCCUUCAAGGUCACCACCUUUUGUUCUAUGUCACCAGUCCCGUCCUUCGCAGUCACCACCUAUCAUUCACCACUGACAUCUGACAGAUGUUUCUGAUUGCCACCUAGUUUCUUUUGAUACAAUGCACUAUUCUGGGCCACAGUCCUCUCAAUAACCUAGGAAGUCAUACCAUGUUAUAAGUCUCCAACAAUACUGGCCUCUGUUCUAUACCACAAUCUAAUUUUAUCACAGGCUACUGUUUUUGCCACUGUUCCCCCAUGAACAAAGUCAUCAGUCCCUUAGUAUAGCCCUCCCUUGGUACAAGCUGCAGCAAUUCAACAAGCUCAU